UCCUCACCCAUCAACACCAUACCCUUCAAGUCUCAGUUCACAACCAUGAGCAAACCAUCAGUUCUCAUCAUCGGCGGAGGCGUCUUUGGAACCUCAACUGCCUACCACCUGGCCGAAAGAGGCUUUGACCAGGUCACCGUGGUCGACCGCUUCGAGCCGCCGUCCAGAGACUCAGCCGCGACGGACCUGAACAAGGUCAUCCGCGCCGACUACCCCAACCCUCUGUACGCCAAGCUUGGCCUUGAGACCUUGGGCGUCUGGAAGGACCCCGGAUCUCUCUUCAAGGGUCUCUACAAGGAGACGGGAUGGGUCAUGGGUGGCCAUGAGGCUACCAACGGGUGGCUCGAGAACGCCAAAGAUCUGGCGCGGAGGACUAACCGUCCUGGCGUCGAGUACUUGACUGCUGAGCAGAUGAGACAGAAGUGGCCAGCCUUGAGCGGAGAGUUUCCGGGCUGGACCAACUUGUAUAGUCCUCAAGCAGGAUGGGUCCCCUCCGGUCAGGCCCUCCUCCGAAUGGCGCAAGCUGCCCAGGCAAAGGGCGCCAGGUACAUCACAGGUGACGCAGGCCACAUCAAGAAGUUGCUGUACGACCGGGACGGCACAUGCAGGGGUGCCGUGGCAGCCAAUGGCCAGCUCCAUCAAGCCGACAUGGUCGUCGUGGCAGCUGGAGCAAGCCUGCCCGCCCUGGUCGACGGCGCAAAUACGGACGUGGUGGCGCAGACUUCGGCAAUCUGUGUCAUCCAGCUUGAGCCUCAUGAGGUUGAGAAGUACAAGGACAUUCCCAUCAUCGAUGAUUUCGAGCAGGGUGAGUUUAGGUUGUUUGACUUUGCUGGGCCGACUGCUGACGAGAUAGGCAUCAUCUUUCCUCCCGAUGAGAACGGCCUUAUCAAGCUCUGCAGUGUGAGACUUGUGACCAACUACAAGAACCACGAUGUACCUGGUGCAUCUAUCCUGCACUCAGUGGGCGACUAUCCAGACGAUGGAUGCCCCAAGGAGCUGGAGGAUGAGAUCAGGCAGUUUGUGCGCGAGAUGAUUCCCGAACUGGCCGAUCGACCAUUCGUCACGACCCGACUCUGCUGGGACGGCAUGGCCAAAGACCUCAACUUCCGCAUCUGCCCUUACCCCUCAACCAAGAACCUCUACAUCGCCACGGCGGGAUCCAACCACGGCUUCAAGUUCCUCCCCGUCAUUGGCAAGUACGUGGCCGACAUGCUCGAGGGCAAGCUGGCCAAGGAGUGGACGGACCUCUGGAGCUGGCGCUUCGGCAAGGUCCCCGCCAACUUCCAGGACCCUCACCCGUUCCCCCUCCGAGACCUCUCCGAGUUGACGGGCUGGAAGGGGAGAAACGCCCCUGGCGCGGGAAAGCUUCCCUGGACGUGGAGCCGGAGUCGUCUGUGA